AUGGAUUCGCUUCUUAAAGACAAAGCUGAAGAAAAUACAGAAAAUGAUCAUUAUGAAAAUAUUGCUUUCAUACAACCGCAGCAUGCUCGAGAUCGACGACAUAAUCAACAAGAAUUGGCACCUCUUUUAGUCCAAUCUUCAAGGAAUUCUUCAACUGAAUUUCUUGUACAGGAUGAGGAAGGUGACCUAGAAGAGGAAGAACUGGUAUCUCCUCCUAUUGUUUCAGAAAAACAUCGCAGGUUUACUCAAUGUUGCUCCGGGGCAAGAUAUUACCGAAAAAAGACAUGUCUUGUGGCAUGUCUUUUGGCUACACUUUUACCCAUUAUUGCGUUUGUCAUUUUUUCCGCUAUUUAUUUUUCGCCUGUUUCACUGCCUUCGAUACCUGAAACCUCUCAACUUUUAUCUGCUGCAACGUCCAUUCGUUUACUGACAUUAAAUAUCUUUAUGAGACCACCAGGCAUUAAGAACAACAAGAGUGAUUACAAGAAUGAUCGUCUAGAAUACAUUAUUCAGCAUAUCCUGCCCUCGUAUGACAUCGUCACCAUUCAAGAAGCAUUUGCAUUUGCUAAUCGACGUAUUGAUCAUUUACUUGCUGCUGCCUUUGAUCAAGGGUUUUACUAUCAUGUCUCUUCUCCUAGACAUUAUCCUUGGGAACUCGCAGGCGAUGGUGGACUAUUGAUUUUAUCAAGAUUUCCUAUCAAGAAAUCUAAUAGAAUUGAAUUUUCUCGAGGCGUUCAUUCAGACUGGCUUUCAUAUAAAGGUGCUCUUCAUGCAUUGAUUGAAUUGAAUUCUACCUAUAUUCAUGUUUAUACAACACAUACUCAAGCAUCCUAUGAUAACGGGGGCGAAUUAAACUUGGAUGAUACCAAAGUAAGAUUAAGCCAGUUUGCUGAUGUACAUGAGUUCAUAGCAGAUACAGCUAAAGAUGAUACUCAUCCUAUUUUGUUGAUGGGCGAUUUGAAUGUUGAUGCUGCAGUACAUAAUGGCUCACCUAUUGAUACACCAUCUUACAGCAGCUCUUUACCCUAUACCAUGAUGAUGGAUAUUCAAUAUGCUAGUACAUGGCGCCUAGACAACUUGACAGACAUGGCAUAUAAAACAUUUGGAUACCACCCUGUUACAUUCGGCGAUUAUCACCGACUUGAGAAUGGCACACUUGUACCUGCAGAAACAACGUUAACAAGCCAUAACCAAUUAUUGACUGUUCAAAGCAUCGAUAGAAUAUUAUGGACUGGCAAUCGAGGUCAUACAAAUAUGUCUUUGGGCAAUGUCACUGUAGAACCUUUCUUUGUUAACAAGUCACUCUCUCUACCAUUUACUCAAAUAUCAGGUAAGCUAUAUAUAUAUAUAUAUAUAUAUAUAUACACAAGUUACCCUCAUAUCUCAUUUCUUUUUGAUAGAUCAUUAUGGUUUGAGUGCUAUUCUUUACCCAUAAUAAUAAAAAUCUAUUUAUUAUCUUAG